AUGCCGGAAGGAAAAGAAGCAUUGUCCACGGCGGAAGCCACAGAUACUGAGAACCAGACCAUGGUGCCAUCCGACGAUGGAACGAGCGACUUGACGGAGAAAAAGGAGCCAAGUGAAAAACAAGCAACCCAAGCAACGCCUCCUGGGCCUCCAGCCGUCACCUAUCCCACUCCGUUGCGGGGGGCCGUGCUGACCGUUGCUUUGCUGCUGGCGAUGUUCCUCGUCGCCCUGGACAUGAGCAUUAUCACCACGGCCAUCCCGACAAUUACCCAAAGAUUCCACAGUCUCGACCAAGAGGGUUGGUACGGCUCGGCCUUCUUUCUGUGUCUGGCGACCUUUCAGGCAUUCUGGGGCAAAGCAUACAAGUACUUCCCUCUCAAAACCGCCUUCCUCACGGCUAUCGGCGUCUUCGAGCUCGGCAGUCUGAUUGCCGCCCUCGCACCCAACAGCCCAGCUCUCAUUGUCGGUCGAUCGAUCCAGGGCGUCGGGGGCGCAGGAGUGACGGGCGGAGUCUAUACCAUUCUCGCCUUCAUCACACGGCCCAAAUACCUCCACGCCGUCUUUGGCGUCACCAGUGCCGUCUGGAGUUUGUCAUCGGUGCUGGGUCCGAUCCUGAGUGGUGUCUUCACCCAGUAUGUCACCUGGCGAUGGUGCUUCUGGGUCAAUUUACCCAUUGGAGGUGCCGCCAUGAUCAUUCUCUUGCUGCUGUUGAAGACCCCCCCGCACUCCCGCGUGGCCCACACCACCCUCCGUGGGAUCCCCACGCUGUUCGACUUUCCGGGGAUGAUUGUCCUGGUGGGUGCGAUGGUGUGUCUCCUCCUGGCCCUGGAGGAUGGCGGGGUGAAGCUUCCGUGGCACAAUAGUGUCCCGAUCGGAUUGCUCAUCGGGUUCGGCCUCCUCCUCAUCGUGUUUGUCGUGGUGGAAUGGAAGCAGGGCGAAGGCGCCAUGGUCGUCCCGCGCAUCAUCAAACGCCGAAGCAUUCUGGUCCUCGCUCUGUUCAAUCUCACUGCCCAGGGGUCUGGCUUCGCGCGCAUCUACAACCUGCCCAUCUUCUUCCAGGCGGGUCAAAGCCAGAGCCCGUCGGAGUCGGGAAUCCGCACUCUCCCCACUGUGCUCACCACUUCCAUCUUCAGCUUCGUCGGAUCCCUGCUUCUUGGCAAGGUCGGCUACUACCCGCCAUUCCUCACGUUCGGGGCCAUGUUCGUGACGCUUGGCACCGGCUUAAUGUACACUAUGGGGCCAGACGCGACGGCAGGGCAGUACAUCGGCUAUCAGGUGCUGGCGGCUAUUGGCUCCGGUCUCGUCAUCCAGCUUAAUGUGAUUGUGGCCCAAGCCAUCACUCCCAGGGUCGACAUGUCCGUCACCGUGGCGACUGUUCUCUUCUUCCAAUUCAUCGGCGGCACCGUCGGCGUCUCCGCCGCCACCAACAUCAUGAACAACGUCCUCAUCAACAGCGUGACCCGGGACAGUCCCAAUAUCUCCGUCGCGGACGUCGUAGCUGCUGGUUCAGGCGGUCUGGCGCGCGCAUUUCCUCGUAAGGAGGAUUUCGACGCCGUGGUGCAUGCGUACAUGAACGGCAUCAACGCCGCGUGGAUCUGGUGUAUCGCGCUGGCCGGGUUGGCGUUUCUGGUCUCGUUUGGCGCGGAGUGGAAGAGUUUGCGGCCGGAGGCUGUGAAGAAGAGGAACGAGCAGAAAGCCGCGGCUGCAGCUGCCAAUGCAUAG